UCGAGCGCUCCAGCCGAAGUCGUCAAAGUAGAGUUGCUGCUGAAUUUAGUCCAGUUACAAAGAUGUCAGACCAAUUAACGCAACAAUCAGCGGAUCUGAAAGGCUCUGGUGGCCAGGGAAAAGAUCAAAUACUUGUAAAAGUAAAAGGCCAGGAUAACUCAAUAAUACAGUUCAAAAUCAAGAAAGGAACACCCUUCAGAAAAUUGAUGACUGCAUACUGUGAAAAACAGGGAGUGCAACUUGACAGCAUGAGGUUUAGAUUUGAUGGAAAUGCAAUAGGCCAAGACGACACCCCUAACUCGAUUGACAUUGAGAAUGAUGACACAAUAGAAGCGUAUAUGCCUCAAACAGGAGGUCACUUGUGGAGACAUUGAAACAUUGAAACUACCUCCCCGACCCCACCCCCAUGGAAAAAGAACACCAGCUUUGUACAACCCCUGUGAAUUAAGAACAUCAGCUUCAGCGACCAGUGUAUGACAUUAAACAUAGAGUAAUCAGAGAAGCAUUGAUUUGAAGCAUUCCUUUGUGUACCGUGUUACCCAUGAAUGGCUUCCUGCUUUAGAGGUACAGUUUUACUACGUUUGUCCACUGACGUGACCCCCCCCCCCUUAAAAAAAAAACACCCCCCAAAAUUUCCAAAUUUGCGAGUUAAACAUGGAUGCUACAUGAUUUUGUUUUGUUAUCACAUUAUGGAUACUGUUGUCAACCCAACUUGAGUAACUGUACCGCCUAUAGUUCCAUGGUAAUUGUACCACCUGACUGUUCCAACAUGGGUAUGUUCCAGAAUUGGUGUGCUCAAGUGGGUUCUUUUUUACCAUCUGAACUGUAGUUGGGCUGAUUCCCAAGUUGGGCCGAUUCCCAAGUUGGGCCAAGUUCUCAGUUGCACAUUAGAUGUGCGUCAAAACAAUUAGAAACUUUGUGACAACAUGUUCUAGAACUAGAAAACCCAUUUAUGUUGGUCAACCUCAACCCCCCUCCACAAAAAAAUAAACCAACUAACUGAAAGCAAAAAUUAUUGUUCCAUUCCAUGUACAUUUUAAAAUGCUCAAGCCAUUGUAGUCUGGUAGUAAUGGCCAUUUAAAACAAAUGCCCAUUUUUUUGUUGGUUUUUAAAAAGUGUGUCUUGUCCAUUUCAUCUGUUUUGUACCGAUUUUGAAGCAAGCUUAAGAAUCAUGGUUUCUUUACGAAAAAACCCCAAAAAACAAAACCAAGAAUAAAUCCACUAAAAUCUGAAGAUUCAACAGGCAUUAUAAGAAAAUGCUCCAUAUCAAGGCUAUUCCGCUGUUAAUAAAUUUGUACUUUUUUAGUUGAAAAUCUAAAAGGAGAGUUAUUUUUUAUUCAAUAGAUUCAGUGAUGUUCAGAAUUUUUUUUCUUCUCAAAAACAUUCAAUACAUUGGAUCAAACUUUGACAUUAUUUUGUAUUUUGAUUAUUUGAUAAAUUUAUUUAAGAUGAGGGAGUGCUCCUCUCAUUGGCCUUGAACUCUGACCUUUGAAACAUGUCAUAUUUGUAGUAUUUUUUUUCCUUUUGAUUUCAGUGGUCGAUAUACUGUCAAAAUUUGUGAGCUGAACCAAGUUUAAAAAAAAAACAUACAAAAACACCACAAAUAAAUUUUAAACACUGCAUGUUAAAUUUGACAUUGUUAAAUUUUGGUUUUUUUCCUCGGUAGUUUUAAAUGUGUGUAAAUAUUGUAGUAUUUAAACCAUGCUUUACAAGCUGCUUGGGCGUAUAAUCUUGCUUGUUUUUUCCGGAUUGAGUAUUUAAUCGGAUUACCACCAGUGUCAACGAGUGUCUUGUCUAUGAUUCAGUGUAAACCCUUUUAACUUGUACAUCAUGUCUUUGUGCUUAUCUGUGGGUUGUACUGGUCCUCUUCAGCUAAGCAUAAAGACAUGCUAAGCUACAUUUAUUUGUUUGAUUUUGAAGUCAUUUCUUUUGCACGGUUACCAAUUUUGAUUAGUGUCAACUCGUGUGUCUCCAAAUGAUGGUACAAAUAAAUCUGCAAUUGAUGGUCUGAGAUGUGCAAAGUAUGUAUACUUAAUUGACUUAUAGGGACAAAUUUAUGAUGAAACAUAUUAUGUUUGGUUACACUGCUCAGAAGUUUUAGCCCUUUUGCUGGUUAAUAGAUUUUAAGGUCGUUUUCAUAUUAGCACAGCAUGGUUUGGGCUUUGAUUGUUCAUUUUUCCAAAUUACUGAUUUAGUCCAAGCUGUGGAGUCUCAGCCUAAGCCUUGGUAUCUUUUCAACUUGAUUGAAGUUGGCUUCCCUUUAAAAAAAAAUGAGUUUUGAAUGGUUUUGUUUCAUCAAAAUUAGCUGGUGAUAUUUAUUGCCUUGCAAAUAUUCCUGAUUGGUUAUUGAUAACACUGAUUGGUUAUUGAUAACACUGAUUGGUUAUUGACUACCCUGAACCAAUUACAGAUCGCAGUGAUUGAGUAGUGAUGUGAUGGUUGACAGAUUUCUGAAGCCAGGUGUUUGAAAAAGAACAAACAUUCGCUCUUCAGAUAAGUGGUGAACAAUUAAAAACAAAAAAAGCACGACUUUACUUCAAAUUAUACAACCAACCAUUUAAAUGGAGAGUUUUAAGCAUGUCUCAAAAAUGAAACUUAAGUUUAGUGAAAACAAACUUUUGUCCAAUUUUCGAACUUGCAGGAUUCAGAGAAAUAUUGAUCUCUUUUGGGUAGGAUGGAAACUUUACUUCAUUCAUUCACUCACUUUAUUCACUUAAAAGACAAUCAUUAUCACCAUAAUCAUAUCAUUUGCUAAUGCUGUAAGCACUGGCCUGACAAGUUUUGCCAAAAAGAAGGAGUGCCUGAAUUAUUGCCAAUAUUGUUGAAGAAGUUCUUAUUAUGUUACCAACUUAUCACGAUUGAAAACGAUCAUCAUUGAAAACAGAUUGCCUGGUUCCAAGACUGUAGCGUCAUACGUUAUGUACAUUGUACCCAUAGGCUUGAUUAUUACAUGUUUUAAAAGGCACCAAUCUAGGUCUUAAUGAAUUGAAGACUUUUGUUUGUCCUACUUUUUUAUUUAACUCAUGGCUUUGGCUUUGGCUAUCUGGCUGAGGCCCCAUUGAAAAUUUUGACAUUACGCACUUACUGCAUGGGGCUAAUUAAAUACUACAGCAAAAGCUGUGGUUGUCAAAGCUGAAAUCAUGGCUGAAGUCAUGGUUUUGGUUGCGGCUAUGGCUAGAUCAUUGAAAAAUACACAUUAUCCCAAAGUAGCCAUCAGCCAUGUAACAGUAGCCAAAGUCACUCAAAAUCAGUCCUUACUUUAUUGUAGUCCAAUUAGAAAUAUCUGUGCAGGUCCAUUUGAAAAAAAUAUCAGUAACAUGGAAAUGAUUUUGAGCAUAAGAAUUGUCAGUUAUGUAACUUUCAUUAUGAAACAUGGUUUGAAAUUACUGGUUUUGUGAAUAGCGCUAAAAAAUAAUGACCGUUAAAAGCUGAUAAGCAGAAGAUAAAGCUUAGCAAAUUGGCCUGCUAAGCAGAUAUGAGCAGGGAACCAGUCACGAACAAUAUACUCUCCAUGGUGUGUUGGCUAUGCUAAGCAAAUUUUGAUGCUUAACAGCUUUAUGAAAUUAGGCCCUGAUAAAAAAAAAGAAAUCGUUAAGAAAUGUUAAGAGUAACAAUGGUGCUUUUGGGUGCUAACUGAUACUCAAUUUAAAAUAAGGAGGUCCACACAGACAACACCCACUCACUGAUGAUUGGUAUUUCAAGUUAUUGGUUUACUAUAUAAGAUUCAAGCCAAGUUUCAUGAAGCUGGUAUUGUACGCACAAACACUUGCUAAGCAUAGACAACUCUUGCAGAAUCAGGUUACCAUUAAGUGUACGUUGAUGGAAACUGGUGCCCCACUCUUUGUUUUGGUUAGCAAGUAUUUUCUGCUUAACAGCUUUAUGAAGUUGGGCCCAAACUGUUAUUGUCCCGAGUUUGUAAGUACGUAGUUCGUAGAACUGUGAUAAAAUCUGUGUAGUUAUUUUCCUUUCUCUACUGUUUGUUGUUGUUUAUGUCCUUUCUUUAAUUAAAAAAAUAAAUAAAAAAAUA